AUGACUGGCAACAACGCCCUCCGCGAUGCUACGAGGACUUUGCUCGGCACGCGUGGACGACCGUCAUCGCGUUACUUGGAUGAGCCUGUUGCAGGCCCGCAAACUACGCGAUGGAACGGCUUCGAUCCAUAUGCAGCUCUUGGCACGGUCCAUCCGCCGCUACCCGCGACACUCGGGUUUCAGCGCAAGGAUGGGUACGCGCCUGCACGGAUGAACAGCCCUCCGCCUGACACGUUUGUUGGACGGCCAGUGUAUGGGUAUGGCUAUAGCACAGAUGGCACGAGCUCCGCUGGGCUUGGACACAUCGCCGGAACAAGCGCAAGCAGCCAUGAUUUACUAUUGGGAUACAGGAGGUAUGAGGGCGAGACGUCCACGGCGACGAAUGUGAGUAACACGGAUGUGCUUUCCCCUCCGCCGAGGAACCCGAAGAGGCUGGAGAAGAGUGGAGGUGUAGGGACUAAGGUGGAAGAGGAUGUACCUGCGAGGGACUCCGCGGCGUCGUCGAUUUAUUCCGUUGCGAGCGAGGACCCGUUCGAUGAUCCGACGACAUCACGGCUAGUGAUACGAAACCUGCCGGACAGCAGCAGCGCCGGGGGAGACGCUUUCAGGGAGCCGUCUCGGCAAGAUUGA